AUUUUUAAAUCUUUAAUUUAAAAUGGUCAAGAUGAACGUUCUAAAUGAUUGCCUUCGUUCCAUUGUGAAUGCUGAGAGAUAAGGAAGAAAGUAAGUGUUAAUAAGACCAACAUCCAAAUUAGUUGUGAAAUUCUUAUAAGUCAUGUAGAGACACGGAUAUAUUGGAGAGUUUGAAAUUGUCGACGAUCAUAGAAGUGGCAAAAUUGUAGUAGAAUUAUUGGGUCGCAUUAAUAAAUGUGGAGUCAUUUCACCUCGCUAUGAUGUUACUCUCGGUGAAUUCGAGAGAUGGGCUAACAAUAUUUUACCAGCCAGACAAUUUGGAUGCGUCGUCUUAACUACUAAUGUUGGCAUUCUUACUCACGAGGAGGCUAGAUAAAGACAUAUUGGAGGUAAAAUCCUUGGUUUCUUCUAUUGAGUUUAAUACAAAGUACAUUCAUACACAUACAAUAUAAAUAACUAAAUUAUUAUUGUAU